CCCCCCCCACCUCCCCUCAGUCCCUGCCAGCCGCUCUCCAGAGUCUGACUGUUGCAGCUGCCGGUGCUGAAGCUGAAGGCAACGAACCUCCCAGCCCCGCUGAACCGAUCCGUGCUGAUCCUGGAGCGAGCCCUCAACGCCUUCCGCUCCCUGGUCACCAAGUCCGACUCCUUCCUCGCCGACUUCAACCAGCUCCAGUCCCGGGCCGUCGAGUUCUACGAGAACAUCGAGGAACUGGCCGCCCAGAACGGGCUGAAGGGGAGGAAGCUCCACCGGGCGAUGGAGAACCUGGCCUGGAACGUCCGGAUCCUCAAGGGGCAGAUCGAUCUCCUUCAAUCUUCCAAAGCCAGCUGCCUUCAGAGCCUUCAUCAGAUCCAGACGACAUCGGCGACGCUGUCCUCGCGGGAGCGAUCACCCUCGACGCGCGGCGAGAAGCCGCGAUUCCUGCAGCUCAAGGACAAGAUGAGCCUGGACGUGGGGGGACCGGGGACGCCGAAGAGCCCGGGGUCGCCGGGGUGCAUGCCGCCGUGGGGGAGGCCGCCGCCGUCGCCGGGGCCGGACGGGAAGCCGAGGGGGAUCCUCAAGAAGUCGAAUUCGAAUUUGGAUCAGAGGGAGCCGCUGCCGCCGACGUCGACGUUUAGCGGGUAUGUGAAGAACAGUUCGUCGACGUGCUCGUUGCAUGGGGCGGCGACGACGGCGUCGUCGUCGGCCGGGAAGAAGGCUUCCUGA